AUCAAGCAUUCUGACUUGUACUGCCGACAGUUUCUAUGCCUGAAAAACAGGAACAUGUUUCUGUAAAGCCUCACUCAGUCCGAUGGCAGCGACAAGCCCACUCUGUGAACAGGACCUAUUUUGUCCUCAGUGCAGUGAGAUUUACAACCUUCCUGUUCUUUUAAAAUGUGGGCAUAAUAUUUGUCGAGUUUGUUUGCAGAAAUUCUGGGAAUGGAAAGGAUGUCGGGAAUGUCCGGUGUGUGGCACUGUGUCUGUCCCUGGGAGGCCUCCUAUCAAUUUGGCACUAAAAUUAGCUGCAGAGGAAUAUCAAGUACUGAAGACCACGAAGAACAAGGAUGUCUGUGUUUUACACAAUGAGAAGCUGAGGAUUUUUUGUCAGAAUGAUGAAGAACCCAUCUGCCUUGUCUGCAAAACCUCAAAAUACCAUAAGGUUCAUGAGUGCUGCCCGGUAGAAGAGGCAGCCCAACAGAAAAAGGGAGAAAUUUCAGCAAAGUUGGAGCCCUUGAAGAAAAAGCUCAGAGUACUGAACAAGACAAAGCAGGAGUGGGAACAAACCAAAACCUACAUACAGACUCAAGCAAAUCAAGAUGAGAAGGCAAUUAAGGAGGAGUUUGAGAAGUUACGGCAGUUUCUUCAGGAGGAGGAAAACAGAAGGCUGAAUUUAUUGAAACAAGAAAAAGAAACUAAGACCCGGGUGAUGUGCGAUAAACUAAAGCACAUUGAGGACCAGAUCAAUAAACUUUCCUUCAUCAUCGGUGAUAUUGAGAAGAGCCUCAGAGAAAAUGAUUUAACAUUUUUACAUGAAUACAAGCAGACAAAGAAAAGGAUCAAAUGCAACAUUCAAGAGCCAGAGUGUAUUAGAGAUAUUCUGAUCAACUCUGCAAAGCAUCUGGGGUUACUCAAGUUUGGAGUUUGGAAGAACAUGGCUAAAAUCAUCAAUUGUGCUCCCAUUACCCUGGAUCCAAACACGGCCCAAUCCAACCUGAGGUUCUCUGAAGAGUUGACCUGUGUGCAAUACAACAGUAAGAAGCUCCUACCAGACAACCUUGAACGCUGCACCAGUCGUGUGUGUGUGCUUGGAGCGAUCGGCUUCACAUCUGGAAAACACAGCUGGACCGUAGAAGUUGGACAAGGCAAAAACUGGUACAUCGGAGCAGCUCAAGAGUCCAUCAAAAGAAAGAGUACCAUCUUUCUCAACCCCAGCGAAGGUUUCUGGGUGAUCAGCUUGAGCAACGGAGACUCAUAUUGGGCACAGACCUCGCCUCGCAUCAAACUGGUGUUAAAGCAGAAGCCACAGAAGAUAACUGUGGAGCUAGAUUAUGACAAAGGAAAAGUGGUGUUCAUCAACACUGCCGACUCAACAACAAUAUAUACAUUCAAAGACAAAUUCACUGAGAGAAUUUUCCCUUACUUCUCCCCUGGGCUAUACGACGAUGAGAAGAAAUCCAGUCCGCUAAAAAUCUGUCCUCAAACAGUAAGAGUGGACGUAGAAUAAACUCACACAUAGUAAACACACAGGGUUUUGCA